UGCGAGCACGACUGCCGAGUGGUCCGGGGCCGGGCAGUGUGCCGCUGCUACCCUGGCUACCUCCUCGGCGCCUCCAACCGCUGCACUGACGUGGACGAGUGCCUGCUGCGCAACGGCCACGGCCCCUGCCAGGACACCUGCAGCAACACGGACGGCGGCUACCAGUGCUCGUGCGCGGGGCUGCCGGGCACACGGCUGGCCGCCGACAACCACACCUGCGAGGACGUGGACGAGUGCGCCGCGGACAACAACGGCUGCUCGCACACCUGCCUCAACACCAUCGGCUCGGCCUUCUGCCUCUGCCCCGAGGGCAUGGUGCUGCACUCGGACUGGAAGACGUGCGUCGACGUGGACGAAUGCCAGGACGCGGCGAUAGCGGCACGCUGCCCCAACGGCUGCACCAACACGCCGGGCUCGUUCGUGUGCAACGAGGGCGAAGCGCCUGCCGCCAAGGAGCCCGCGGACGGCGCGCCCCGCGACGAGGACGACGACGAGGACCGCGAGGACGAGCACUCGCCCAAGGACAAGGAUGCGCGGCAGUGUGAGCCCGGAUACCGCCGCGACGACGCGGGCGUCUGCAAAGACGUGGACGAGUGCUCGGAGCAGGACACGCAGUGCUCGCACGAGUGCCUCAACGAGCCGGGCUCCUUCUCCUGCUCGUGCCCCAACGGCUACGACCUGGCCGAGGACGAGGCCACGUGCGAGGACGUGGACGAGUGCGCCGAGCCGGACCACGGCUGCUCGCACUCGUGUGUCAACCAGGUGGGCAGCUACCGCUGCGAGUGCCCGCCGUCGUGGGCCUUGUCCGGGGACCAGCGAACCUGCAGCAAGGAGGAGGGGUGCCAGGACGCGGGCUGCUCCCACUCGUGCCUCGUGGUGGAGGGCCGACCAGCGUGCCAGUGCCCCGGGGGGCUGCACCUGUCCGACGAGGACCCCCGGCGCUGCGUGGACCUCGACGAGUGCGCGGCCGGCAACGGCGGCUGCUCCCACCAGUGCGUCAACGAGCAGGGCAGCUUCCGCUGCCAGUGCCCCGACGGCUACUGGCUGGACGACGACGAGCGCACGUGCGUGGACGUCAACGAGUGCGAGGAGGACAACGACGUGGAUGGCGGCGGCGCGGCUGCGUGCAGCGACCACUGCGUCAACACGGAGGGUAGCUUCUUCUGCGGCUGCCCCGAGGGCUCUGUGCUGGCCGCCGACAAGAAGACGUGCGAGGUGGCGCACGGCGCCGACCGCUGCCCACAAGACCACGGCUGCUCUCACGCGUGCGUCAAGGCCGCGGACAGCGGGGCCGCCGUGUGCGAGUGUCCGGCUGGACUGUCGCUCGCGGCGGACCUCAAGACCUGCCAGGACGUGAACGAGUGCGAGGAGCUGCGGCCGUGUGAGCAGCACUGCGUCAACGAGCUGGGUAGCUUCAGGUGCUCCUGUUCCCCGGGCUUCGCGCUCGAGGCGGACGGCCGGCGCUGCCGCGACGUGGACGAGUGCAUCGAGGCCGAGACGGAGGAGUCCCGGUGCUCGCACGAGUGCGUCAACACGCCGGGAGCGUACCACUGCGAGUGCCCCGCUGGCCAUCGCCUCGGCCAGGACGGCCGCACGUGCGAGGACGUGGACGAGUGCACGUCGGUGACGGCCGAGGGGGAUCCGACGUGCAGCCACGAGUGCGUCAACGAGCCCGGCUCGUUCCGCUGCAAGUGCCCCGCCGGGCUGCGGCUGCAGGGGGACGGCCGCUCGUGCGCGGACGUGGACGAGUGCCUCGAGCCCAACCACGGCUGCUCGCAUGCCUGCGACAACUGGGUGGGCAGCUACCGGUGCACUUGUCCGGAGGGUCUUCAACUAGCGGCGGACGAGCGCACCUGCGAGGACGUGGACGAGUGCCUGGGCGUGGAGCACCGCUGCUCCCACGAGUGCGUCAACCAGCAUGGCGGGUAUCGGUGCGCGUGCCCGAAGGGCUUGGCCCUCGGCGCGGACAACCGCACCUGCGAGGACGUGGACGAGUGCGCACAGGCCAACGCCGUGCGCGAGGACCCCGUCGACGCGCCCUGCCAGCACCGCUGCUUCAACCUGCCGGGCUCCUACCGCUGCGAGUGCGAGGACGGCUACCGCGCGGACCCGGAAGACGCCACCAAGUGCCUGGACGUGGACGAGUGUGCCGUCGGCAACGGAGGCUGCUCCCACGAGUGCCGCAACCUGCCGGGCGGAGUGGAGUGUGUGUGUCCGACCGCCUUCGCCAUGCAGCCCGACGACCGCACCUGCCUGCCCCACAACGGCUGCCUCGUGGACAACGGGGGCUGCGCGCACGAGUGCCACUUCAACGGCACGCUGUACUGCCUGUGCCGCGAGGGCUUCGCGCUGGACGCGGCUUCGGGCCGGCUCUGCGAGGACGUCGAUGAGUGCGCCGCGGAGGACCACGGCUGCGCCCACCACUGCAUCAACACGCAGGGGUCCUUCCGCUGCGAGUGUCGCCACGGCUUCGCCUCGCCGCCGGGCCGGCCCCACGACUGCACGCCCCUGACGACGACCGCGGCCCCUGGUGACCCCUGCGCGGACCGCGGCGGCUGUGCCCACAGCUGCACGGUGGUGUCGGGCGGCGCGCGCUGCGGCUGUCGGCCCGGCUUUCGCCUCAGCGAGGAGGACGGCCGCACCUGCGAGGACGUGGACGAGUGCUUGCAGAGCGACGACGAGGACGACGGCGACGCGGGCAGCGGCCGGCUGUGCGCGCACGCUUGCGUCAACACCCCUGGCAGCUACCACUGCACGUGCUCGCCGGGCCACGCCGCGCCACAGGACGACCCGCACGCCUGCGAGGACGUGGACGAGUGCGCCACGCCGGAGCGCGGUGGCUGCUCCUACGAGUGUGCCAACACGGUUGGCAGCUACCGCUGCACCUGCCCGUCGGACCACCGCCUGCUGGCCGAUGGCCGGACCUGCGUGCCGCUGCUGCUGGACCACUGCCUGGACAACAACGGCGGAUGCUCGCACCGCUGCCGCAGCACCCCGCACGGCGCGGCCUGCGAGUGUCCAGACGGCUUCCACCUGGACCCGGCCAACAACAGCACGUGCCUGGACGUGGACGAGUGCGCACUGGACAACUUCGCCUGCUCGGACGAGUGCGUCAACACGCAGGGCAGCGCGUACUGCCUCUGCCCGCGUGGCCUGCACCUCGCCGACGACAACAAGACCUGCGAGGAGGUGGAUCCCUGUCGCCAGAACAACGGUGGAUGCUCCCACAAGUGCGUUACCGACGACGAGAACAAGAGCUUGGCGCGCUGCUCGUGCCCGCCGGGGUACCGCCUGCUGCCGGACAAGCUGGUCUGCGAGGAGGAUCGCUGCUUCACCGACAAUGGCGGCUGCUCCCAUCACUGCGCCAGCUCGGCGGGGGCCGCGACGUGCUCGUGUCCGGAAGGCCUUGCGCUGCAAGACGACCGCAAGACCUGCCUGGCGACGGACGGCUGCACCGCGCACAACGGCGGCUGCUCGCACGCGGCGGGCUCGCGGGACGCGCAGUGCCGCUGUCCGGAGGGCUGGCUGCUCGACGACGGCGGCAAGACUUGCCGUGUGCGCGACCCCUGCGCCGCGGACAACGGCGGCUGCUCGCACAAGUGCGCGCACGCGGAGGGCGUCGUGUCGUGCUCGUGUCCGCGCGGCUGGGAGAUGACCGGCGACAACAAGACGUGCGUCGCCAGCAAGGGCUGCGGCCUGGACAAUGGCGGCUGCUCGCACACGUGCGUCGAAACCAAGGACGAGGUGGCGUGCAGCUGCCCCGAGGGCCUGGUCCUGGCCGACGACGGCCUGCUCUGUGAGGUGGAGUCGUCCCCGGACGACCCCUGCGCCGACGGCAAGGCCCGCUGCUCGCACAGCUGCGUGGUGGUCCUGGCGGCGGCGCAGUGUCGGUGUCCUCCCGGCCUGCGGCUGGCGGCGGACGCCAGGACUUGUGUCGAGCUGCGGCGCUGCGACGUGGACAACGGCGGCUGCUCGCACAUCUGCCGCACGCCCUCCAGCGCCGACGGCAACGUGACGUGCGCGUGUCCGCCGGGGAAGCACCUCGGCGACGACGCCGCCACCUGCGUGUCUCAGCGCAGCUGUCUGAUGGACAACGGCGGCUGCUCGCACGACUGCGCCGACAGGGAGGACGGCGACGUGGAGUGCGCCUGCCCGGAGGGCUGGGACUUGGACGAAGACGAGCUGGGCUGCCACCGCUUGGAGGGCGUCGGCCAGUGUGGCGAGGACAACGGCGGCUGCUCGCACAACUGCUCCAUCUCCUCGGCGGGCGAGCCCGUGUGCUCGUGCCCCCCAGGCUACGCGCUGGACCGGGAGGACGCCGCCACCUGCAAGGACGUGGACGAGUGCGCCGCCGAGGAGGCGGACUGCUCGCACAUCUGCGAGAACACCCCCGGCAGCUACCGCUGCUCGUGCCCGGCCGGCUUCCGUCUCCAGGACGACGACGUGACGUGCAGGGACAGGGACGAGUGCUCGGUGGGCAACGGCGGCUGCUCGCACUCGUGCACCAACACGCCGGGCAGCUUCUCGUGCGGCUGCCCCGCCGGCCUGGCGCUGGACGCGCAGCGGCGGUCCUGCGGCGACGUGGACGAGUGCAGCCGCGCCAACGGCAACUGCUCCCACCUGUGCAUCAACAUGCACGGCAGCUACCGCUGCAGCUGCCCCGUCGGCCUGCGCCUCGCGCCCUCCGGCAGGGACUGCGAGCGGCCCCAGCCCUGCCCGCGGGGGUGGCGGCCCGUCACCGCGGAGCGCCCCCUCGACGAGGACGAGCAGGACGACCAGGGCCCGAAGGGAGAACCGGGCUGUGAGGACAUCAACGAGUGCGCGGCCGACCACGGAUGCCAGCAGAUUUGCAUCAACACGCGGGGGUCGUACCGUUGCGAGUGCUUUGACGGGUACCUCCCCAUGGGCAAGCGCUGCGUCGGCUUCGGCGUGACCAUGCCCCCCUCGCCACCACCGCCCCCUCCGCGGACGACCGCGGAGCACGCCACCAGCACCAUGACGGGCACUACUGAGCGCACAGCGCCAUCAACUACAUCUACCACCACCACACACUCCACGACAACCUCAACCACCACAACUACUCCGGGGACGCCAGUCAGCUCGGAGAGCACCACCCAGAUGGUGCCCACCACCACCAUGUCGACGAUGGCCCCGUCGACGACCUCCGUCGCUACCAUGGCGCCCCCCACCAGCCCAUUCCCUCCGCCCGCACUGCCCCCAUCCCCGUCCACGGAGGCGCCCCUAGACAGCACCGGGUUCCAUAUGACGUCGCCGAAGACGCCGCGCUUCGCAGUGCCCACGUCGUCCAGCACCGUGACGUACAGGGAGUCCGCCACGAGCGAGGACGAGCUGGUGGUGAUCGAGUCGCGUGGCCACAAGGGCUGCCCCGCGCUGCCGGCUCCUCCCGGCGGAGAGGUGCGCUGCCCCGGGCUGGGUGCGGGGCCCGUGUACCCCUUGGGGGCGCAGUGCUCCUUGCGCUGCCCCAGAGGCUACCACUUGUCCGGACCUCUGACCAGAGUCUGCCUGCCCAGCGGCCAAUGGAGCACGCCGUCAGCCGCGUGUGUCGCCGCCCCGGCGCCCUGGAUCCGCUGCCCGCCUGCCAUCGACGUGGAGGUGCCGGCGUCGCGCGAGAGGGCCGUCGUCAACAUCCCCCGGCCGGCCUCCAACGUGGACUGGUGGAGGCACGUCGAGACCGUGCCGGUGUGGGGCAAGCGCCUGUCCGCCGAGCUGGGCCCGGGCUCCUACACGGUGUCCUUCAUCGCCACCAGCCCCGUGAGCAACGCCACGGCGGCCUGCUCGCUGGCCAUCCUUGUCCGAGACUUGGAGAAGCCCCGCGUGUGGCGCUGCCCCCUGUCCUUCGAGGUGCACCUGUCCGCCGGCGAGCUGUCACGCGCCGUGUCCUGGGUGGAGCCUCACUUCACCGACAACGUCGGCGUGGAGGCCGUGUUCCGGACCAAGGACCCCGGGACUCUCUUGGCGCCGGGCCUGCACUACGUCACCUACCUCGCGAGGGACGCGGCGGGCAACAGGGCCAGCUGUCACUUCAGCAUCGGCGUCAGAGAGUCCACGUUCCCCUUCACGAGGAGCGCCCAGCGGAGGGUGGGCUACCACAACUACCAGAGCUACCAUGCGCACCACGCCUACCACGCGCGGCCGGCGGACAGGGAGCCGUGUCCCAGAGGGACGACGCUCAGGCGGCAGCCGCUUGGCCCAUCCGGAUGGGGGCUGACGCCGCUGACGCCGUUGACGCCUGUUGCAGGACACCGCGUGCGGCACCACCACGGCAUGGGCACGGCCUGGGAGGAGCGCCGCCGCCGCCUCGCGCAGUACCACCUGGACCAGCUGCGGAAGCUGGACGUGCGCGAGUGUCCUUGA